CCCAAUAAUGUCUUCCAAGAUGCCUCAACCUGAUUGAGAAAGGCAAACAUUGUACGAUGUCGAAGCGCGUCUGCCUGGUGUCGAUUACAGCGUGACUUGACUAGAAUCAGCCUCUCAGCUGGCUUGGGGUACGUGUCUUGGGAGAUGAAUCUGCUGAUCGCGACCGCCUGAGUUUAGAAACAAAAUAAAGACGUGUCUCGACUGCGCAAAUCGAGGAUGAAAUUGUAGACCUGUCUUACCGAGCGAAACGUUUAGCGGCAAUUGACUGAAACCCUGCGUCUUGGCACUCUUUUGCACAACUGUACGCACGGCACAUGACGAGCCACAAAGCAACCAUCCAACUAUUUUCUGGGCGAGAUGAUGAUUGGAGCAGAAGGCUGUUCUGUCCAAGAUUUAGCAAAUGAAGUUGCUGGAGCCGUGUCUUUCUUAUAAGAUCGUAUGACCGACCGAACCUGGAACAGUGCAAGGACCUUUCGCAUUGUUGUCCCAACAUGGCGCCUUUGGCGCUCCUCGCUUUUCUCAAGCACCCUUCGAUGUGCAUCGCUACAGCUGUACACCUCAUCCUUGAUCCAGUCACGCGUGUCCAAGCAAUCUCGCCUGGAAUCAUGGGCAAGAAGAAAGAAGCAGCAGCAGCCAUUGCUUCCCAAAAAGAUGGUAAGCCCUUCGCUCAACAGGGUGAGUUGAGUGCGCGUGAGGAGAACAUCGACUUGCUGCGAAGGCACACUUCUCUUACCUCGCAACGCCCCAGACUCUUUCAAAUUGUCCUCCCAGGUCGACCAGAGCGCCACCGAAAAGCGAAAGCGCCUGCAAGAAGAACAAGAGGCAGCAAAGAAGGUUCGAUGGGGCUAUGAAAAGUUCCAGUACGAGGAUAUUCCUAAGCUGGCAGAUCAUACUUGGCUCUGCACCGAAUGCAUAAGGACCUAUCCGUCCUUCGCAGAGGUUGCUCGACACUUCUCUACGCAAGGUACGAAGAAGUCUUUGUGCGUUGGCUUGAAGAAAGAUUGCCUGGCCGAUGGGAACCCGGCAAGCAAAGCUACCCAAUGGCUGGGCAAGGUCGGAUGUCCGAUUCUCUUCGAUAUCACCAAGCUUCGAGUGCGCCGUCCAUGGUACACCUACGUAUCAGCAGCCAAAUCUGUGAGUGCACGGGCAGCUUGAGUCGAUGGAGGACACAUCUGCUUACACGAAGGGCCCGCAAUUACAAGCCAGCCAACUUAGGGUUAGGCAUCCUGACCCAGCCGACUCAAGCUGACCAUUGAAA